UUUUCUUGUCCUAGAUACAUAGAACCAAAUCCCGUCCCCCUUUCUUCCACUCCCCAUUCCUGUAAAUCGCUGGAAUCAAGCAGAGCAGUUCAUCAUCCGUACUUUCUUCCUGAACGAAAAUACCCCUAUGGAGUAAGAGGAUUUUCCAGCAUUUCUUGCAUGUUUCUUGGUGGAAACAAUGAUCAUAUCAAAGCAGUUUCGUUGCAUACACUCAGCCAGCUGUGCAUGCACUAAAGGGCACCUGAACGAGCAUGUAAUCUACCUUAUUUUUCAGCACUUGAACUGGAAUCCAAAGUUCAUAGCCGCCUUUUCUUGUGCAUGCAAAUGGUUUGAAGAUGUUGCUAAAAGAGUACUCUGGAAGGAGUUUUGCAAGGCAAGAGCUCCUAAGAUGAUGCUUGAUUUGCAGUCUAAUGGGAGUCACAGUGUUGAUGGAAACUGGAGGGCUCUUGGGAAGCUACUCAUUUACUGUUCUGGAUGCACCAAGGGUGGCUUGUUCAAUAAUAUUCAUAUUCCUGGCCACUUCGUUUAUAGGACCCGAUUUUCUAGGACUUCUGGGAAAAGCUUUCUUUUACCGCAAUGCAGAACAGAUGUUUUGUACGUGUCUGAUCCUUGUGAACAUCUUGACCAAGGGGAAGAGGGAGAUGUGGGUUUUUUCCGUGGAGUUUUCAAGUCAUUUGCAGUGUCAAAGGUUCGGAAAAUGCUUAUAACAAGGCGGGCAAAGCUUCAUCCAACAGAGGUGUGUCCCUAUUGUAAAGCAAAGCUGUGGAGCAUGCUGCAAGCGAAAAUGGUGCCACAGAGUGCUAGCUGUAGGUUAGGUGCUUAUGAAGAUUGUAUCGAGUAUUACGUGUGCCUCAACGGGCAUGUGCUUGGGAUUUGCACUCUCUUGCCCCUGUCUGACUCAGAAGAGGCAUCUGAGUUGGAGUGAUACUUGGAACUGAACCCAGGUAAGGUGGACAUAUAAUGGUGUUUCCGCUACUUCUUCUGGUCGACAUAAAAACCACCGUUGCUUAUUAACAUCAAGACUUGUACAAGUGUGUUGUUUCCCCAUCUCGGAAAAAAGCUACGGCCAACCGCUUUCUUACCGUCAUCCUUCAGUUGGGAAUUUGUUACUGUAAACCUUAUAAUUCUGUGUACGUUGUAUUGCAUUAUGUAUAUGUACUUCAACCUUUAAUGUCUGAUUGGGAUUUGGAAUAAUUAAUGCAUCUUUUACUACA